UGUGCCGCACAAUUUUCGAGACAAAUCUUACUGCAACUAAGCAAUAACAAUUUUUAACUUUCUCAAUACAGAACGGUGAAGAAGUCUAAAUACUAAACGGACAAAUUCAAUCACUUACGUAUUAAUAAAUCAGUUUCUACAGUAAUUACAUCAUUUUCCUCGGGGCAAGCAAUAUCUAAAAAAUAAAAUAAAACGAAGAUGUCUGCUAUAAAAGUUACAAGUUCUGUGUAGUCGCUCACGUCAGUCCGUUUUGUUUGAUUUUCUCAUAGGAAAAAAUGUAUUGGAGGAGAAAAAGGUUUUCCUAUACUUAAUCUUGACUGAAAAUUGAUUGGAAAUAGUUUGACGACGAAAAAAUAUUAUUUAGGGCAUUUUCUGUGUUUUGGUCAUUUCCUGCUCUGGCUAUUAACAAAAAUUAUAGCAACCGUGUGCAGUAAAAUAUGGAAAAAGAAAAGUUUGCUUUUGCACGAUCUAGUCUGGAUAAAUUAAGAAAUGGAAUUUCUUGCCUUCGUAUGGAAUUUUCGAACUGCAAAUUAUAAUCAAAAGAAAUAGGGACCACAGAGGUUUGUAGGUUUCACGAUGCAAUGGAGGUUCUAAUAGCAAAAGACUUGGAAACAUUGUAGGACUGAGAAGAACUGAUUUCUUUAGAACACAUGAAUGUAUAUAGCCGUUCUGCAAUCACAAACACAUUGCUGCUGUGCUCUGGUGCUCGAGUCUGUUCCAUCUUUUUAGCUUCUAUCUAAUGCACGCAAAUCUCAUCUACCCACUAAAUAACUGUAACAAAAAUUCGUUUAUGAGUGUGAGCCUAUAAAACAUUAUUUUUUCCUUAUUUGGAUCGAACCGUCGAUUGCUUUUCUAGCAUGUACAGAUAUGAUUAAACAUCCCUUCUAGACGCAACUCAGUGUGUGUUUAUCGCGGAAAAAGUCACGCCUCAGCACACUUUCAAUUUCUGUCAACGAUUAGUUGAUAUAUGUGUAUUUGCAAAGAGGUAUCAACAAAUAGAAAAAUGUUUUCCUAUUCCCUUUUUAGCUAUAGCUCUCCUUAUAAACUGUUGUCAUAUGAUGGUCACAGCUGGAUAGAUUUCAUAUAUUUUUUUGUACUAAGACAAAAAAGAAGAGCAUAAGAAAAGGAUUUCUCUUAGUGUACAGGUGUAGUACUAAUUUUCGAUCACAAGUAAAGCAGACGAGCAAGUAAGUGCAUAUUUGUUAACAGUAAAAGGAAUAUCACACCAUCUCUUUGUUCGUUUUAAAGCCUGAAAUGUAUUGAGCAGGCAUCGUCCUCUUGCUCAUUACGUGUGUGUAUGCUGACGAUGGUGUUGGUCAAAAACUAACUGAUCAACUGAUUCAACAGGCACCUUUGUUUGGUCUCAAAAUUGAUCAGUCAAAAACCUUUGUUAGUUCACCGAAGAAUAAUCCUAAUACAGUUGGUGCAAGUGUACCAUUGACAAAUGGUGAUGGCAUCCGUGUAACAUCAGAUCAAUUGAAAGCAGGUGAUGUUGAUGUUGCAUUUCAAUGUGUCCAAUCCCGAACAGAACAAAAUGGUUGUAACAAGGUACGACUGACUGGCUAUGAUCGAGUUAAGAAGCAGCCGACAUUCUCGUUGAUCGACCAGAAGGGUAAUGUUGUACAACCAAGUCGUAUGAUUAUCAUCUUCUUCUGCAGUCCAUGUUGUGUCUCUAUAUUGAUGGUGACUAUUAUGGAUGUUGGGACAUUAUCAUUAUAA